AAACGCAGACAGUAGUUUCCCGCCUCUCCACGUCCUGUCUGCCACAUUAGAGGGCCUGGCCUCAGACACUCAGAUUAGCUUCAGGGUUCACUUACAAAGAUGGGUUAUUUAAAACAACUAGAUAUUGAAAACUUUAAGUCAUGGAGAGGAAAACAAAUUAUUGGGCCAUUCUUGCGAUUUAAUUGCAUAAUUGGCACAAAUGGCUCAGGUAAAUCUAAUGUGAUGGAUGCCCUAAGCUUUGUCAUGGGGGAGCGGGUUUCUUCUCUCCGAGUCAAGCACUUGAAAGACCUGAUCCAUGGAGCUCACGUUGGUAAGCCCGUCUCCAAAACUGCCAGGGUGGCCAUGAGGUACUGCAGUGAUAAAGAGGAAGAGACGGUCUUUUGUAGGAUCAUUACAGGGGACUCCUCUGAGUAUCACAUUAAUGGCCUACGUGUCACUUUUGCCAAGUAUGUGGAGGAGCUUGAGAAGAUUGGCAUUUUGACUAAAGCUCAAAACUGUCUGGUGUUCCAGGGGGCAGUGGAGUCCAUAGCUUUGAAGGACCCAAAGGAGAGAACCAAGAUGCUGGAAUUGAUCAGUCAGUCCAAAGAAUAUGCUGCAGAAUACAACAAGAAGAAAGAGGCCCUGCUGAAGGCCAAAGAAGACACUCAGUUUCACUUUAACAAGAAGAAAUCUGCUACUGUCGAGAGGAAACAGGUGUCUCAGGAAAAAAUAGAGGCACAGAAAUACCAGGCACUGUUGGAUGAACUUCACCAAAGCCGCCUGCAGCUGAGCCUCGCUGAGCUCUACCAUAAUGAGCAGGGCGUCAGUGCUCUUAGUGACACCCUGAAGAAGAGACAGGAUGCUGCAGCUGCAAUGAACAGUAAACUGCUGAUUGGGGAGCAGACAGUCAAAACUCAAAAGAAAGAACACGGACGGCUCACAAGAGAGCAGCAACACAUUGACAAAGAGAUCCGCACACAGGAGCAAAUCCUGUCCCAGUCUCGGUCCCAAUACAUAAAAGCGAAAGUGAACACGUCUCAUCACGUAAAGAAGGCUGAGGAUCUCCGUGAUGCCCUGAAGAAGAGUCAGAGGAUGUUUUCAACCAAAGAGCAGGAGCUGGAAGAGCAUCAGCAGGAGAUUUCUCAACUUAAGAGGUCCUGGAGGAACUAUGAGAAGCAGGUCCAGGAACAGGGAGCUGCCCGUGGAAGAGACAUUGAGCUCGACAUGGAUCAGUCAGAGCGAUACAAAGAGCUGAAGGAGCUUGCCUUGAAGCAGGGGGCUGUCCUCAGCCAGCAGGCAGAGAAGCUUCACUGGGAGGUGAAAGCAGACUGGAUAAAGAUAGCUUUUGACGAGCGCAGAAAGAAGGAAGUUGAGAACGCUAUCAAGUACAACCAAACACAGCUGGAAGAUUUGACAUGCAGAGCAGAGAAGCUAGAGGAGUACACCAAGACCUGCAAGUCAUCCCUUGAGGAGUACCGGCAGCAGGAGGAGAGCCUUAGUGCAGAGCUGCAGCGGGGCCACCAGCGUACUAAGGAGGUGAACCAGGAGCUGAAUCAGGUGAUGGAGGAGUUGGGGAAUGCCUGUUUGGACAAGCAGGAGAACAAAAGGCAGCUGCAGCACAAAGAGCUGCUAGAAAAGCUCCGCAGACUCUACCCGGAAACUGUGUAUGGCCGUCUGUCCGACCUGUGCAGCCCUAUCCAUAAGAAGUACCAGCUGGCUGUCACUAAGGUGUUUGGCCGCUACAUGAAUGCAAUCGUCGUAGCAUCAGAGAAAGUAGCCUGCGAAUGUAUCACUUUCAUCAAGGAGGAGCGGAGGGGACGCGAGACGUUUCUUCCCAUCGACAACUUGAUUCUGAGUCCACUGAACGAGCGACUGAGGGAGAUGCCUGGUGCCAAGAUGGUGGUGGAUGUUGUGCAGGUUAUUGCUACCACAGUUGCUACCCAGCUGAGGAAAGUGGUGCAGUUUGUCUGUGGUAACACUCUUGUGUGUGAAACAGUCAAAGAAGCCAGGAGUAUGGCCUUUGAUGGACAGGAACGCUUUAAGACAGUGUCUCUUGAAGGGACAAUGUUUGAAAAGUCAGGCGUAAUCUCCGGAGGCUCCAGCAACCUGCGAACUAAAGCUCGCUGCUGGGAAGAGAAGGACGUGUUGCAGCUGAACGAGCGCAAGACCCAGCUGACCACUGAGUUACGCGAUUUGAUGAGGCUGAAGAGAAAAGAGCUGGACCUGAAACAGAUCGUUGCACAGGCUCAGGGUGCUCAAACCCGCCUCAAAUACUCCAAAAAUGACUUGGAAAACCUUCAGAAGAAAAAUAUCCCUAAAUGCCAAGCGGACAUUUCUUGUCUGGAGAGUGAAUUGGCAAACCUGGACUCUCAGAUUCAGAUGCAGAUGGAGAGUGUGAAGACAAAAGAGGCAAAGAUUAAGGAGAUCAGAGACAAGCUUGACCAGAUAGAAAACUUGGUGUUUUCUGACUUCUGCGCUGAGAUCGGAGUGGACAGCAUCAGACAGUUUGAGCAGGAGCGCUUGAAACAGCAGACAGAGCUUGAUAAGAAACGGCUGGAGUUUGAGAGUCAACAUGCCCGCUUAAAUACAUGCAUUGAAUAUGAACAAAAACAGCUUGAGCAACAGAGAAAGAAGGUCCAAAAACUGGAGGAUACCAUCAGCAAGGAAGAGAAAUUUAUGACUGAGCAGAGAAAGGAAGAGCAAAAGUUGUUGGCAGUGGUUGAGGAAGGUCAGAAUAAGCUACUUGAGCACAAGAACAAGCUUUUAGCUAAGAAAAGUGAGGUGGCUGCUGCCAAGGCUGAGCUGGAUCAAAAAACUCAAGUCCUUCAAGAGAUGAACAGGGAUUUGGCAAAGCUUCAGCGAGAGGUGAUGACAACAGAGACGGCUAUAGAGCAAAAGCGCUUGACUAGACACAACUUGUUGCUGGCCUGCAAAAUCCAGAACCUGCCCAUCAACCUGUUGUCAGGGAGCCUGAAUGAAAUCAGCGAGGUGCAGCUGGACACAGAUUCUGAAAGCACUACAGCCACCAUGGACAUCUAUGAGAGAGAGGCACGACUAGUCAUUGACUACUCUGAGCUGGAGACAGAGCUCAAGAAUUUGCAGGCUGAGCAGGAAGUAGAGGCCUCCCUGGAGAACCUGAGGGAGUCAGUUUCCUCCAUAGAGGCAGUGCUGCAGCGCACCACUGCCCCUAACCUGAAAGCACUGGAGAAAAUGAGGGAGGUGAAGGACAAGUUACAGGGAGUGAAGGAAGCCUUUGAAGCCAGCACUAAAACAGCCAGGAAGUGUAAUCAGGAGUUUCAGCAAGUCAGAUCCCAGCGCCUGCACCUCUUCAGUCAGUGUUUUGAGCACGUGUCUGUCAUAAUCGAUCAGGUCUAUAAAAGAAUUUGCAGGAACAACAGCGCCCAGGCCAUUUUGAGUGCAGAAAAUCCAGAAGAGCCAUACUUGGGUGGCAUCAACUACAACUGUGUAGCACCAGGGAAACGCUUCAUGUCCAUGGACAACCUGUCUGGUGGAGAAAAAGCCAUCGCAGCCCUUGCUUUCAUAUUUGCCAUACACAGCUUCCGGCCUGCUCCUUUCUUAAUCUUGGAUGAGGUGGAUGCAGCCCUGGACAACACUAACAUUGGAAAGGUGACCAGUUUCAUCAGAGAGGAGUCCAGGGAGAACAUGCAGAUCAUCAUCAUCUCUCUCAAGGAGGAAUUUUUCUCCAAGGCAGACGCUCUGCUGGGCGUCUAUUCAGAUUUUGAUGAAUGCAUGUUCAGCUGCGUUCUGACCCUAGACCUGCGUCCCUAUCCUCUGGCUGAAGAUGACAAUGGGAAACAGACUGACAAAGAGACCAGCUCCGACAAAAGGCAGGAUUGAGCUUUACAGGAAUCAGCUGCAUGAAGCCAUUAUGUUUUCUUCUUGUCUAGUGGCCUGCUGCAUUGUUUAAUGGAUGUGGUUGUUUCUUAGUGUUCUUCUAUUUUGACUACACAGAGGAACUGUCCAGACUAAAUGUGCAGGCAGUGGAGUUAUCUUGGAUAUCAAAUGAUGAUCUUUAUGUUUGACUGUUUUAGAGUCGUUCUUGUUCUUUAAAGUAAUUGCAAUUCACUGAAGAUUUUUUUUUCAGAUAAAUUUUGACCUCAAGUUAUGUUUAUGAGAAGGUUGUGUGUUUUAAUUUGCUUACAAAGCAAAGUUUUUAACUGAGGUGAAAAAUGAAAGAAGAAAAAACCCUUCAUAUAAAAUGUAGCAACCACACAUUACAGCCUUUGAAGGACUCUGUUUAUGUGCUUGUUCUCCCAUUAGGCACUUUGAAGUUAUUGGUGUAAAUGUUACCACUGACGUUGGAAAAUGCUCUGUUCAUUAAAUCCACUAAGUUUAAUAAGUGUGAAGUGUUGCUGUUAUAUUUUCAGCCUUUUUUAAAAAGUGUUUCCCAUUUAAAUGCAACAAAUUCUGCUUUACUACCCAUUACCCAGUACCAUUGUGGAUUGAGUUAUGAUAUUAAAAGCAUAAUAUCGU